AGAUAAAUUGAAGAAGAAAGAAAAUAUAGAAGUGAAGAAGAAAGAUAUUUUCACCAUUGAUCCAGCAGGAAAUAUAUAUUACAACUGGUUGUUUUGCAUCACAAUGCCUGUCAUGUACAACUGGACCAUGAUUAUUGCUAGAGCCUGUUUUGAUGAGCUUCAGCAUGAUUACUUAAUGGCAUGGUUUAUUAUUGAUUAUGUUUCUGAUGCCAUUUAUGUUGCUGAUAUGUUUGUACGGACAAGGACAGGUUACCUGGAGCAAGGUCUUCUGGUGAAAGAAGAACAAAAGCUACGAGAGAAAUACAAGAAAUCUUUUCAAUUCAAACUAGAUUUUCUGUCAAUUGUACCAACUGAUCUCUUAUACUUUAAGUUAGGAUUGAAUUACCCAGAAUUAAGAAUAAACAGACUACUCAGAGUAGCUCGGAUGUUUGAAUUCUUCCAGAGAACAGAAACCAGGACAAACUACCCAAAUAUCUUCAGGAUCUCUAACCUUGUCAUGUACAUUGUGAUUAUUAUUCACUGGAAUGCCUGUGUGUAUUACUCGAUCUCAAAAGCCAUUGGAUUUGGGGCUGACACAUGGGUCUACCCCAACACCUCAGAUCCUGAAUUUGCCCGCCUGACUAGAAAAUAUGUCUACAGUCUCUACUGGUCAACACUGACCCUGACUACUAUUGGUGAAACACCCCCUCCUGUAAGAGAUUCUGAGUAUUUCUUUGUGGUUGUUGACUUCUUGGUUGGAGUGCUGAUUUUUGCUACCAUUGUUGGUAACGUGGGCUCUAUGAUCUCCAACAUGAAUGCUGCCAGGGCAGAGUUUCAAGCAAGGAUUGAUGCUAUCAAGCAGUACAUGCACUUUCGGAAUGUGAGUAAAGACAUGGAAAAAAGAGUUAUAAAGUGGUUUGACUACCUGUGGACAAACAAAAAGGCUGUGGAUGAAAGGGAAGUCUUGAAGUAUCUGCCAGAUAAACUAAGAGCAGAGAUUGCAAUCAAUGUUCACCUGGAAACACUAAAAAAGGUUCGGAUUUUUGCAGACUGUGAAGCUGGUCUGCUGGUUGAACUGGUUUUGAAACUCCAGCCCCAGGUAUACAGUCCUGGAGAUUAUAUUUGCAGAAAAGGAGAUAUUGGACGAGAGAUGUACAUUAUCAAAGAAGGCAAGCUGGCAGUAGUUGCUGAUGAUGGAAUCACCCAAUUUGUGGUUCUAAGUGAUGGCAGCUACUUUGGAGAAAUCAGCAUUCUCAAUAUCAAGGGUAGCAAAGCUGGCAAUCGAAGAACAGCCAAUAUUAAAAGUAUUGGAUACUCGGACUUGUUUUGUCUGUCCAAAGACGAUCUCAUGGAGGCUUUAACAGAGUAUCCAGAUGCAAAGGCAAUGCUGGAAGAAAAAGGCAAGCAAAUCCUAAUGAAAGAUGGCUUGCUGGACAUUGAAAUUGCAAAUUUAGGAAGUGAUCCUAAAGAUCUGGAAGAGAAGGUCGCCUACAUGGAACGUGCUAUGGACAGGUUACAAACAAAGUUUGCCAGGUUGUUGGCUGAGUAUGAAGGUGCACAGCAGAAACUGAAAAAAAGACUUACACAAAUAGAGAAAAUAUUGAAGCCAGUUAUAGAGGAAGAGUUUGCAGACUUAGAAGAAGCAGAUCCAUCCACAGAUAAACCUGGAUUGUCAAAAGCAGAAUAAAAACAAUGGAAGUUGCCAAUAAGACUGAGGGUCAAAUCCUGACUGGGGCUGAAUACAUUAAUUUCUAAUCUUUGUAGUACCUGGCUAUUAAUUACAAAGAAUUAUUUGUUGAGACAAUGUCACUAAUCUCCUACCAGCAGUGUGUAUUUGGCAGGUUUGGGGCAGAAAAAGAAGAAUCAAGAAAGAGAAUGGAAGAUAACACUUUGCUCUUGCACAAACAGGUGGUAUUAUCUGCUAAUGUGUUAUGUACACUGUCAUAUACUGGCAAAUAUUGGAAGUUUUGCUGGCUGUUUUAAAAUAAUUUGUGUCUGCUUAUGGAAAGAAUGAAAGGUUUGGUAACAAUUAUAUUACUUGAAGUCAUUAACCUUUAUAUUAAAUUUGUGUAUAAAUGAGCACAUUUUAAUAUCUAUCGAUUAACAUGAAAUUAAUUAAGUAUGGGAUAUUAAUGCAGAUGAGAGUACUGAAGGCUGUAAGAUGUGGAAAAUACUAUUACUUCAUUGGGUCCACCUUGGCUGAUUGCUUGAAAUGUAAGUGGGCAGUUUGAAAUGGUCCUUUUUUCAGGAUAAUACAUGCAAAGGCUGGAAUAUAGAGAGGAGAAAAUACAACUUUUUGCAAGCAUCAAUAUGAAAGAUAUGGAUGGCUCACAAUCUAAUGUUCUUUCCACAAUAAUAACAAAAAAUAUACAAAUAUACAAAUAAUACACAAAUAAAAAUAUACAGUAAAGAUUGUUCUGUUCCAUGUAAUCAUGUGGCUGCUAACAUGAACUAACAAGCUUUGAAGAUUUGUAGUUAAAAAUGUUUAUGUCCCUAACGUAACACUGGUUUAUGCUGGCAGGGUGCAAGGGGAAGACAUGACAGCAACAGGCUAAAUUCUUCCUACUGGGUCUUCUGUAGAUGCUGUUAGGGGAAGAAUAUGACUGAAGAGGCUGGUUUUUCCCACUGAUAGAGUAUUUCUUUCUUCAUAACUACUUCUGGGAUAGUAAAAUCUACAGAUUCAUAUCCAUUUUUCAGCUGCUUUAAGAUGUAUUAUCUCCUUGGAUUUUCCCCUAAUUUAUAUCUUUUUUUAUUGGCAAAAAAAUGGUUUGCUUAGUCAUGGACUCAGCUGGGUGUUUGCAGAUGGGUAUUUUCAGUAGAAGUUUAUCACAGGCACAUAACAUUGGAUAAGUUUAAUGAAAGGGAGAGAAGAAAGGGACUGUAGUGAGAGAAUGGGAAAUUCUCUAUUUAGGCAAAUUUGAUUAUCCUGAGCAAUUGAACUGCCACUCUUAAAAAAUACAUAUGUACACUUUACUGUCAAUAAUAUCUCUACACUUGCAUUCUCUCCUUAAUGAGAUGGAGAUAACAUAAAUUGGGUGACUUAUAAAGUGCAUUCCUUUCUGGCUGUUAUAUUUUUUAUAAUGCUGAUACUUUCCAGGAUGCCGAAGAUCUAUAAAUAACUCCUGAUAUACUGCAAGGAUGAAAUUUUAUUAAGUACUUAAUGCAUAGGAUAUAUACAGAACAACAAGGGUAAAUAUAAAUACAAAAUGGCUGUUCAUGCCCUGUUGAUCCUGUGUUUUGAAUGACAAAUGACUUAAUUAGUUGAUAAGGGGAAAGGGUAUGCCAUCCUGUCAGUAAAGAUUCUAUCCUUGUACACAGGAGGAAGGAUUAUUCUGGCAUUUAGCUUUAUGGUGAGUGUUGAACUUUUCAAUCAGCAUUCUUCCAGCUCAGGUCUUGAAUAUAAUUUGCAAUCUGUAUGCCAGCAGCAAACUAUCCUAUAUGGCUAGUAGGCACUUAGGAAGCACUUUUUUCCUUUGUUGAAGUACUUAAGACUUUUUAUUAGAGAAAUGUAUGAGAUGAUAUUUUAAUUAAAAAAGGCAGAUAUCUAUUGUUAACAAUUUUUUUUUUAUUGAUCCUUCAGCCUAAGACAUGAAUUGUAUUCACUACCUGCCUCUUUCUUGAGAAUAAAAUAUUCUUUGAUUUUAACCACUUCAAAAUAAAACAGAAAACCAGAA